GUACCAGAUGAUAAUAUAAUACCAGGUGAUAAUGAAGUUCCAAAUGGUAAUGAUGUUCUUAAUAAUAGCCAUAUACCAGAUGAUUAUGGUGUACCAGAUGGUAAUAAAGUACCAGCUGGUAACCAAGUAACAGAUGAUAAUCAAGUACUAAAUGGUAAUCAAGUACUAAAUAGUAAUCAAGUACCGGGUUAUGAUGUAGAUGGUCCUAAUGAUAGCGAAGUAUCCGAUGAUAAUGAAGUUCCAAAUGGCAAUGGUGUUCUUAAUGAUAGCCAAGUACCAUAUGAUAAUGGUGUAGGCCCUACGAGAGUUUAA